AGGGGGCGGGGCUUGACGGAAUACAGGUGGCAAAAAAAUCACCCCACCGAGCAAUCCACUCGUGCUCUGACCCAGACUCGAAUGCGCGUUUCUGGAAGAGAUCGUUAUCAAAAAGAGUCAAGAAUCGAAAAACUAGACAUAUUGCGGGAAACCGAGACACAGUCGGAGGCAACGAGAAAAAGCGGGACGCCGUAACUUUGUAGGCAAAGCCUGACUGAGUUCAACCCAAAAGGGAGGGAAUAUCAGAACAGAUUUUUUUUACUUGUUUUAUUUUUGCACGCCUGUGGUGCCAACCGAGCGGGACUUUGAAGACUGAGGAUACUAACGCGCGUGUUUUCUCCGCAGUGGAAAAGACUCGAACACUGCCCCCCCCCUCUCUCUCUCUCUCUCUCACACACACACACACGCACACACAAGUCUGGGAUUUGAGAGAGAAGCAAUGCAGUUCUGUGGGCAGCGAGGCGGCGGGGUUUUCUGCAGCUAAGCUCGGCAGACAAGCUGAAGCAGAGAUCACAGUUUCUGCUUAAAUCUGUACGUACAGCGAGCCGCAGCCUUGGCGCAAAUCAGCGUCUACGUAACGUUUUUUUUUCCUGUCCUCUUAUCGACUCCUCAUCGACUGUGUGGCUUCCCCCCCUCUAUAAUAUCAUCGGAGAUUUCGAUUGACGCCAUUUUACGCUGAUAAACAUCGUCUUCUUUUAAAUGCAUCGUUCAGUUUGACGGAUUGCAGAGUUGCCAUCGGUCCCGCUAGCGAUCGUAUUCAUGUCACUGGAUGGAUUUGCUCUUAACUACGUGACCAGCAGCUUCGGAAAUGGUUUCACUCCAGGAAAUCUGUACCUUUGCGAGAUUCGUGCGAUUCAGGGAGCAACAGAGUUAAGAGCCAUCUCGUCUCUCUCCGACUGAAUACGACCCACUGUGACUGGUGUCCCCCUUGUGCUCUCGGCUCCCUCCUGGUUCCCGCGUGUUGAACCUGAGCCUCGGGAUCGUUAAUGGAGCAAAGGGACCUAACACGCCCUGUGCGGCCCAAAGGCAACGAGGAGUUCUACUCCACCGUGACCACCAUCAAUCGGGCUGACCUCACCGAGGUGGGCCUUCUGGCCGGUCCCGUGAAGGGCCUAGGCCUGGCUGGAGAGCAGCAGGAGCACGAGGAGGAAGAAGACCUGGGCCUGGGGAAGGAUGUGGACGUCACCUCCAACGCCGACAGUGAGAAAUGGGUGCAGGCAGACGGGCUGGAGGAGCAGGAGUUCUCCAUCAAAGAGGCCAGCUUCUCGGAAGGCAGCUUGAAGCUCAAGAUCCAAACCACCAAGCGGGCCAAGAAGCCGCCAAAGAACCUGGAAAACUACAUUUGUCCCCCUGAGAUCCGCAUCACCAUCAAACAGCCUGGGGAACAGAAGACCACCAAACAUGCCAAGAACAGCAAAGGGGAGAAGGAGGAAGACAGAGGGCCUCCAAGAAAGAGGACCUAUGAGAGGCCUUACAGACUAAUGGCUCAAAAUGACAACAUGACGGAGAAGGAAAGCACGAGACCAAAGCAUGAGCCUAAAAACAAUGACAUUCACCAACUGGAUUGGACAAAGCCAAUAUUAAGAGAGUCGGCGUCCCAAGGGGACCAAGGAAGAGAUUCGGAAUCAAAACAAGAAUCAACAUGCAUUAACAAGAGCCUUCUGUCUGAGGUCAACACUCCCUUCUCAAAGACGCAGGUUAAAAAGGUCACAGAGGGUUCAUCUGGAAGUACGUUUGCCUCGGGAAUGACUUGCCCAGGUUCUGACUCACAGGCUUCUUCACCAGCUGAUACAACAAUGAGUCCACCAACAGACUCAAAUCCAUUGAUGUACUCCUCUUUCAGCAAAGAGAGAGGUUUGCAGGAGGUCAAUGAGCAAGUCUUCGGGAACAUCAAACGGAAGUACGGCAGGAGGGAUACUAUGAGGGCUCUGACCACCCAUAAUGCAGAUAUGCUGUGGGCCAAAACGACUGACAAGGAAAGUGAGAAGCCAGUUCAAGACAAUACUAAGAAUAAACUACUGUAUAACACUGAUAAAAUUGAGACUCAGAAAGAAGAGGCAGAAAAAUCAAUGAAAAGGGCAGAGGAUGAGGCCAAAACAAUGCCAAGCUGUGUUCCACAUCACACAGAUGAACCUAAGUGCAGAAAGAAGAAAAACAGAAGAUUAACUGAGGAUAACAUCUCUUUAGAGGACACACAAGCAACACAGACAGUAGAAAUGAAAGAUAAGAAUGACCAAGGUACUACAAAACCUAAAGUGGCAAACAAAAUGGAAAUAAGUACAACAAAGCAAUUUGGAAUGGAUUCACGGAAGCCGGGGGAGGAGAGUGCAGAAGCAGUGACGAGUGUGGAGAUGUCUGAGAAUAGGCACAGGAAGAACCUAGUCGGGAGACCAAGAUCAAUGAGUGAUCCAGAGAAGGAGGCAGAAGGGAGGCAAUCAAAGGUCAAGGACAGAUGGUGUUAUUUAAAAUCCAAGAGCUCUGCUCCCCAUAAAGACAUUAAUCCAGUGAUGCCCAUUGAAGAGCCACCCUCUGCUUUCCCUAUUACGCCAUCUAGCCCACUGUACACCAACACAAACAGUCUGACAGUCAUCACUCCCGUAAAGAAGAAAAGGGGAAGGCCCAAAAAACAACCUCUGCUUACUGUCGAAACAAUUCAUGAGGGAACCGCAACCAGUCCUGUUAGUCCUAUCGCCCAAGACUCAUCAAGCACUUCAAAGAGGAGGAGGAAGAAGCAUAAUUUAUCAAAACUUGUGCAAUUGGCCUUAAAUAAAUCCCCUACUGCACAACAAUUGAAGCUCAAGAAAACGGGUCAGGUCGGCGUCCUUAAAAAGAGAACGGCUAAGAAAGUAAAACUGGUUAAAAUGCAAAGCAUUUUGAAUGAACUUUUGUCCUCUUCUAACAGUGGUAAUCUGGCUCUGAAGUCCAACGUUCCAGGUUCCAGUGCCAUGUCAACUGUGGCAUCGACAAUCGAGGCCCGUCUAGGCAAGCAAAUCAAUGUCAGCAAGCGCGGGACUAUUUAUAUUGGCAAAAAACGAGGAAGGAAGCCCAGAGCUGAUCUGCAGGCCCAGCAAGAUGAGCACAAAGCCAGUGAUGAGCACUCGUUGCCUGUUUCAAGUCCAUUUGAGAACCUUCUAGUGCCUUCUACUCCAUCACCCACAACCAGAAUGCCUUCUCCUAGGGUCAUGCAGUCUCUCUCUGCUCAAUCCUUAGCAGGUGGGGUGGCACACCAUGUCACCACGGAAACCAGCCAGCAGGACCUGAAGACCAUGCCAAAUCUACAGCCUAUCAGUGCAUUGCCCACAAAAACUCAGAAGGGCUUGCUCAGCAGUAAUUGGAAGCUCUCUCCUCCAAGACUUAUGGCCAACUCGCCGUCUCAUCUGUCAGAGGUGGCCUCCAUCAAAGAGGUCACCCUGUCUCCCGUCAGCGAGUCCCACAGUGAAGAGACAAUCCCAAGUGAUAGUGGCAUUGGCACUGACAACAACAGCACAUCAGACCAGGCUGAAAAAGGUCCAGCAUCUCGCAGGAGGUACUCCUUUGAUCUUUGCAGUUUCGAGGCUGCAGAGGCUGCCAUGCUAGAAGCCUCAAGUAAGACAGCUAGAGGGCACUAUCAGAAGCAUGCUACCACGGUUGCAAUGGAGAAUUUCCUGACUCAAGAGAGCCUUAAGAAGCAGAAACAUCGACGGAAGCGGAAGAGCCUCCCAAGUCGGGAUGACCUUCAGUUCCUGGCUGACCUCGAGGAGCUCAUUAGUAAGUUCCAGGUCUUCCGAAUCUCCCACCGCAGCUACAAGUUUUACCACGAGAACUCUUACCCAAGCAUUUUCCGUCUCAACUUUGACCAUUACUACCCUAUGCCCUACUACCCCUACGAUCCUGUACACUAUCUUCGGAGGAGUUCCGAAAAAUCAAAGAGGAGGCGCGGCAGGCCAGCCAAAUCAAAUGAACCAAUAACAAAGAUGCCUUUCAUUCAAGGGUUUGGGUAUCCAGUGCCCGGUGGCAAUUACUAUGCACCCUACGCAAUGCCUUACACAUCCAUGCCUCUUGCCACAAGUGUGAUGAACAUGGGCUACUACGGGCAGUAUCCACCUCCUUUGUACCUGUCACAUGCGCUUGGAUCUUCAGGCUCUCAUCUAAUGCGUCCGCCGGUUCCGCCGCCAAAGUUCCACUCUGGUGGGCUGUCUAGCCUCUCUGCUGCCAGCAGACAUCGGACGAAGAGCAUUCCCCAUGAAAUGCCUUCUCCCAGGAUGGGCGACACUCAUCACUCAUCAAGCAGCUGCUUGGCGAGCGUCUGCCUCCACAAACGCAAACACAAGCAUAAGCACAAACAUAAGGAGGACCAGCAUGCUGUCCCGCAGAGGGAAGAUCUUGGUGGACUCUUCAGUGGAGCGCUGCCUCUGUCUAAACUGAAGGACAAACAGAGAAGCCAGCAAAGCGCAGAUGCAUCAUGCAAGACCUCCAGGAACUACUUUGAAGUAGACACACUCUCAUCAUUGUCCUUAUCUGACUCACAGCACUGUAAACGUGCUCGAGGAGAGCCUCUGAACAACUUCCUGAACAUCUGCACUACACAAUCACACGAACGGCUGCGAGCCAGCCAGGACCGGCCACUGGACUCGUUCAAGGGGCAGCACUUAGGAGAGGAGGGUCCCAGCAUCCGCAGUACGAGGCAUAGCUUGGAGGAGUUUGCAACUUUCAGUGAGGGAAGCAUGGCACCUUUCCAGAGUGACAGAGCGGAGAGGACAAAACAGAUGUACCAGCGCAGCAACAGCACAGCUAUAGCAGAUCUCGACUCCUACAAGAAAAGGUACAAGCGCAAAGAGAUCGAGGAGAUGCAGUGUGAAGUGCAGAAGACGCACACUUUCUCCAAGAUCCUCACCAGCAAGAGAAGCCUGGACCACGUCAACAAAAUACUGAAGGUCAAGCGGCUCCAGAGGCAGGCUAAGACGGGCAACAACGUGGUGAAGCGGCGAAGGGGGAGGCCCCGGAAGCAGCCACUGCCCACGGAUGAGAUCUUGGCUCAGAUGCCCGUGCUGGAGAAAUGUGUGGACAUUCCCAGUAAGAGGAGCCUCCACGGUGGCCUGGUGCCCGCCCAGCUGGAAUUCUCCAACCACGACUCCAUCGCGGACGCCAUCGAGGCAGUGGUCCACCAGGCCCGGGCGCAGCCCAAACCGCAGGCUGCGCAGGGGUCCAAGCACUGGCUCAAAGCUCAGCCGGAGGACCAGCCAGAACGGCUGGCACGGAGGGGCAGAGGGAGCAGAAGAGAGGAGGCGGAUCAUUAGAGAGUUUCAGAACAGUGCACUGUGAGUUCGACUUGCACUCCCCACCUUUGGAUAAUUUCUAGGCGACAGCUGAAAUACUCUUCAUGGGCAUUCUCUGAGGAUUCUGAUAAUGAAUGUGGUCUAAAGUGCCCCACUUUUUGUUUUGUAUAUGCCAUCACCGAAAUCUUUUAUUAUUAUAAUUAUUAUUUGUUUUGUUUUUCUCUCUCUCAUGGAGACAUUGUUGAGCUUGUAUUCUCCCAAAGCCCAUAACUCAAAGGAUUUUGAAAUCUAUGGCUACAGCCAUGAUCUUACCAGCAAGUGUAAAUGAACUUUUAAUACAGUACUGUGCACUUUUGGGGUUUCUUUGCCUUUUUUGGUUCUCUCAAGUCAAAGCACAGUACUUAAAGACCAAUGCUGACGAAAUUGGUCAUCAAUAACUCCUAGACAAUACAUAUACACAAACACGCUUGCCUGCGCUCAGGUUUGUUCCGGGCAUGAACUAACGGCAAUACCCUUGAAUGAGACCCUUCUUAAAACUGUCUUUGAUGGCUAUAGUUUGAUUGUACAUAGGAACGUAUUCUACAAACAUUUCAAAGUGAAAGUAUUUUAGAUUUACUUGUACUGUCAUCAUAUCAAAUAGAAAACUGUACAAUAUUCAAAUAAUGUUUUUAACCAAAUACUAGAAAUAGAUGGAUGUGACAUACAAGCUUGUGUUCAAAUGGAGAAAAAAAAAACAUACAGUAUUUAUUAAUCAAAUCAUAACGAAGUGGAUGCAUCACAGAUUGAAGGACUGUAUUAGACAGCAGACAGAGUGUAAAGUCAAAUCUUUGGAAAUCUUAGCUUAGGACGUUCAUCAUGUCGUACAUGGAAAAUUCUAUUCUUGCAUUUAAAACCAACACAGCACUUAAUCCAGUCUCCUUGUCCUUGAAGAUGGGUCUAAGUACUACACAACGUCACAGUGAUUAUUUUUUUGGUUGAAUAACCAACGAUAUCUGGAAAAUAUUUUAGUAAUAUCAGUUGAGUGAUUUCUCAGUCAGUUACUUGGAGAAAAAAAAAA